AUAACGAGGCGGGGCGCUCAGAAGCGCCUCCCGGCGCGGGAGAGGAAGUGCCUCCAGCCGCCUGCGAGGGGCGGCCGUUCUCUCUCCCCCGGCGCUGGGAGGAGGCUGGGGGAAGUUUGUCUCCGCUGAUGCUAGUCCGGCCGGCUCAGCUCGUAGCUCAGCAGCAGCAGCUCGCGUUGCUCCGGAGCCACCGGCCGCUCCCUCCAGAUAUUUCCUGAAAGAAGCUCCAGGAUCACAUCACUACCCAUUCUUCAGUAUGUUUAAGGGGCUUUUCCUCCAGUGUCCAGUGCAUAUAUGCACACUUUUGAGAAAUGAGAACAGAUGACUCUGAAGCUGUUGAAGUGGGUUUGAGAUCAUGAGUACAAAGAAACUUUGUUUAGCCAAGUGAAGGUAUCUGAUGUCAUCUGAAAUGCUGAGAAGAAAAUUUCGUUUUUGUCAUAUUUUACGCUUCAGGCACCUCCUUGUGCUACUUUUUACUUUAGUGGCCUUUUCGGUUCUAAAAAGUAACCAAAAGCCAGACUUCUUGAAUCACAGACAUCUAGAGCUGACUGGGGAAGAUCCUACCAGUAAUAUUAACUGCUCUAAGAUACUGCAGGGUGAUAUAGAGGAAAUUCAAAAAGUAAAGCUUGAGAUGUUAACUGUGUCAUUUAAGAAACGCCCUAAGCUAACAGCAAGUGAUUAUAUUAAUAUGACAACAGAUUGUGCCUCUUUUACCAAGAUGCGGAAGUAUAUUAUGGAACCUCUCAGUAAAGAAGAAGCUGAAUUUCCAAUUGCCUAUUCAAUAGUGGUAUAUCACAAAAUAGACAUGCUUGAUAGACUUCUAAGAUCAAUCUAUGCUCCUCAGAAUUAUUACUGCAUUCAUGUUGACAAAAAGUCUCCAGAAUCUUUUCUGGCAGCAGUUAAGGGAAUUGUGUCCUGUUUUGAUAAUGUCUUUAUUGCCAGCCAAUUGGAGAGCGUAGUGUAUGCUUCGUGGAGCAGGGUACAGGCAGACCUCAACUGCAUGAAAGAUCUCUACAGGAGAAGUACAAACUGGAAAUAUUUGAUAAAUCUUUGCGGUAUGGACUUUCCUAUUAAGACCAACCAGGAAAUGGUGGAGAAAUUGAAAGCCCUAAAGGGUGAAAACAGCUUAGAAACUGAGAAAAUGCCUUCCAACAAAGAAAUACGAUGGAAAAAACACUAUGAAAUUGUUGAUGGUAAGCUAAAGAACAUGGGAAUAGACAAACAACCUCCACCUCUUAGUACACCUAUUUUCUCUGGCAGUGCCUAUUUUGUUGCUAGUAGGAGAUUUGUAGAGUACGUGCUAGAAAACAGCAAAAUCCUUGAAUUUAUUGAAUGGGCUAAAGACACUUAUAGCCCUGAUGAAUACUUGUGGGCUACUAUUCAAAGAAUCCCUGAAGUUCCAGGGGCAGUUUCUUCCAGUGACAAAUAUGACGUUUCUGACAUGAAUGCUCUUGCCAGGUUUGUAAAGUGGCAUUAUUUUGAAGGGGAUGUGUCAAAAGGUGCCCCCUAUCCUCCGUGCAAUGGAAUUCAUGUGCGCUCUGUGUGUGUGUUUGGCGUGGGAGACUUGAACUGGAUGUUACAGAAACACCACUUAUUUGCUAACAAGUUUGAUACUGAUGUUGACCCCUUUGCAAUUCAGUGCUUAGAAGAAUAUUUGAGAGAGAAAGCUUUGCAUCAACACAAAAAUUAAAAUGCUAUCUUGUGUAUGGUAUGACAGCUUCACACUGAUAAGACUGUCAUGCAGAUAAAAUAUUAAGUAUGUAGUGAUGAUUUAUUAGUGUGUGGCACCUUACUCAUCACCUUGGUAUGAGCAUCAGAAACUCCACUUGCAGUAUAUAUGAGAAGUUCAGUUUAAUUGAGUCUCACCUGACUACUUUUCCCCCCAGAAAUUUCCAUACCACAUACUCUGUUAUUGGAAGAGGUCCAAGCCUCAAAAUGCAUAUUUGGGGUCAAGAGAGCUACUCUGGUAGGUUCAGCUAUUCUUGUGUAACAUUUCAAUAUUAGCCUUUCAGAGUUUUUUGAUCUCCUGCUACUAUUCAAUCCAAAGACUUAAACAGAACCCCCUGAUUUUGUGUGGCCGUAACUCAAUCCUUUUUUCAUAAUCUUAAAUUACUGUUGGGCAAGGGGUGGAGAAGAAGCUAGACAGAGCAAACAUGUAGAUGCAAAAGGAUCUCAGGGAAUGCACAUCAGGAAUUCUUUAAAAACCAGUUAAAAGGGAAUUGACCAAUAUGCCAAAGCUAAGACUUUUGCAGGGUUCCACAUGUAUUCUGGGAUACAGACUCUUGAAUCCUCUUUUCUGAAAACUUUGAAUUUAAGUUGAAAUUUUCACCAACAAGCUAAAAGGCCUUGUGUUUAAAGUACACUUCUUACAGUAAUGUUGUGUGCUUGUUUUAGUUUGUUAACACUAUUUUAAAGUUUAUCAAUUAGAUUUUAAUUUCAGAGAUGACAUUUAUAGCUCUAAUCUGCAAUGUCCAUCUUCUCAGGGGAAUUUUUUUGCUGGGCCUGUUAGGAUAUACAUGCUGAUAAGUUUAUUUUUGUGCAUAAUGUCACUUUUCUACACUUGUAAUUUUUUUAAUUAGUUGAUGAGGAUUGAAUUGAAAUUCUUUGAUGUUGCAACUCUAACUGGCAGAGCUGCUGGGCUCAACUUUCUGAAAGAGUUAAUGUACAUCAGUCUACCCACUUGUAUCCCAGAACAUAUAAACAUUUACUGAAUAUCCAGAAAAAUAAAUUUAUUUUUCUAAGUGAAACUGUUUUCUCUUGACACUUGAAAGUCCUC